AUGAUUAUGGCUUCAUCACAACAUAAUAUUUCAAAAAAACCUUCCUCUCAUAUUCGUGAUCAAUCAAAUCCUGAUAGUUCUGAUUCGGAACAUUAUGAUUCUGAUUCAAAAAUAACAACAACACCCAGUGGUUCACAUAAACAUCGCGGAUCUAAACGCAACAACAACAAAAUGAAGCCAUGUUUAGUCCAUAAGACAUCAACUAGUGACGAAGAAAUGCCAACGUCUCGUGGAAUUCUUAAAGUGACUAGUGGUUCAACAAGUCCUGAACUUCAGUUACCCACAACAAAACAGCACAAAUCAAAAAAUAAAUCCAAAUCUGUUUCUCCUUCCCCACCUCGAACUGAAUCAACGCCUACUCAUCACCAUCACAAAUAUCGUAGUAGUAAUAACAACACUAAUUCCAAUCAAAAUAGUCAAACUCUUACAAGUGCCACAUCCAGUUUAGCAACAUCUACUUCUACUACAACGACUACAACAGCAAC